GAUAUUUUGAAGAAGAGAAAGAAGAAGUAGGUAAAACAGAUGAAAGUGGAAGUAAAGAGGAUGAGAAGAAAAAUGAAGAAGAAAAUAACGAAAAGGAAAAUGAAAAAAAUGAGCAUGAUGAUGGGUAUGAUGAAGUGAAUGAAAAGAAUGAAAUUGAAGAGAAUAAAGAAAAUGACGAAAGGGAGGAUGAAGAUGAAUAUGAUGAGUAUGAUGAAGUAAAUAAAGGAAAGAAUGAAGAGAUGGAUAAAAAUGGUAAGGAAAAUGAAGAAAAUGAUAAAAGAGAGAAUGAAGAAGAUAAGUGUGAUGAGUAUAAUGAAGUGAAUGAAGAGGAGGAGGAUGAAAAGGAGGAUAAAAAUGAUUAG